AUGGACGACCACGCAUUCAAGUUACCUCGCGGUGCAACGGUACCACGCAAACUCGCUCAGCCUAGGACUAAAAACAUUCCCGUUAGCCUGCGCAAGUCCAUCACUGAGGAUCUCAAAGCCCAGGCUGCAGCAGUGGAGGCGAGUGGUGUAGAUACGGCAUUCGCUGAUGCUGCUGAAGCGAUACACGCGGCUAUCGAAGAAAAUGCACAGCCUAUUCAGUCAACGGAAGAGCUUAGUCGCAAAAAGUACCGACAAGAGUUGUUCACUGUCAUAACCAAUAUUGCCGACCUACUCCGUCAAAAAGAGCAUGACACCAAAGUAAUGACUGAAGAGAAGCAGAAGCAGGAUCCUCAUAUCGAUCCAUAUGUCAAAGACCCACUGAGCCAUAUUGAUCCCAACAAGCUUACACACGCUUGGGAAACCAAAGUAUGGGAAGAUACGUACGAAGAUAGUUGGGAUCUGGGCCGCUACAUCGAGCAUAUGGAGCAGGAUCUGGCUGAUCUAGACAUCUGGGUCACACACUGGGACUCUGAGUUAGAUGGAUAUGAGAUGUUUCGCGAGCAUUUCUACCGUCACUUUGGACAGGCGUUGCGGGAGCUAUGUAUUGAUCAAGUUCCAAAGGUGGAGUCCAAUCUUGCGCCUGAAGACAUUAUAAUGCUCGGCUAG